UUCCUUAUUGUCAAUUUUUUUUUUAACCUUCUGUAAUGUCUGUUUGUCACUAUUUGUAAACUUUGUGAUUUACUUGGGGGGAAAAAAAAAAACCAUGUGUACUCACAACCUGGCCAGUCUAGUUAGAGACAGUCUACCUCAGUCUUCCCAAAUAGCACUAGAGUGUUGGCUGUAAUACUGCAAUACAUUCAGAGAUUGUCAUGACUGGUAAGCUAGCUACACUAGGCUUUGGUUUACCCACUUUCAUUAUGAGUGAGAAAAUCCCGUAGUUAAUUACAAUGCAUGAAUGGGAAAUAUCCCUGGACUUAUUUGCAUUCAUUUGUUGUUGGUAGUGUCUCUGUUGAGGUCUCUAUCCUUGUUUUUACAGAGCUUUUGGCAGUGUUUCUGCAGUUGGUGUGUGAAUUUUUAUGAUCUGUUGCAUGUUAUCCAUGCAAUUUCCUGCCCUGUAAUGGUAUCAGUUUUCCAGACACAGAGGAAUACAGACUAAAACCCAGGAGCUCACAUUAGCAUAAAAUGUCCCAGUUCUGUCAGUUUGAUUAAUUUGUCUCUUUGUCUCCUCUCUAUAUGAUAAGUGCUAUUAAUGGUUGCAACACUUCAUAUGUCAAAGUCUUUCUUCCUAAUGACUUGAAAAUGCGGUUUAUUUCCCCCCUUUUUGUAUUAUUUUUCUCAUUUAGCAUUCCACUCAAGUAUAGAUUUAUGCCAUGCUCUUUCAUUAUCUUACUGGUUGCAGCACUGGAGUGAUUACAUAUGGUGUAGGGUACGCGUAAAGAUGUGAUCCCAGGGGCAACAGCUGCUGAUGCAGGCUGAAAAUAGAUCCAGCGGACGCUCAGCACUUUUCCCAGAGGUCUUUUAUUUAUUAGUAACAGCCUUGGUAUAGGACAGCUUGGAUCCUCAUUUAGCAAGAUGACUUUUUGCCUUUCAGAACAGUGCAGUGACUUUGCUCUAUUUCUUGACACUGCUGUGUAAUUUUUUUUUCCCCUUCUUUGUAUCUAAGCAAUGACUUAACCUAACAUAAAUUGUAAUAUAAUCCUGAUAUAUAAUGAACUCAAGGAACGACAGGCUCCAUUCGGAGUAAUGGAGCUUGACAGAUCUAAGGUUUAAAUUAAAUAAUCCUAUUUGUAAGACAGCAUUUGUACAUGGUACACUGAUUUAAAAUGAACUUCUAUUCUUCUCCAGUGACUCUUACACCGUUUUUAGUAUUUUCUCUUCCAAGGGGACUUUUUUCAGGGAAAAAAAAAGCAUUCAGAAGGGUUACAUUUAUUUGUCUUUGAGAAAAAUGUGCUUCAAAGUCAGCAAUAGGGAAGAAUGAUAUAAAAUGAUUUCUAUCCCAUUCUGUUAUUGAGAAAGAAAAAAAUUAAUUAAUCCAUUCAGUCAAAUCUUAAUGGCACUGAUUUUUUUUAACCAGGGCAACAUACCUGUAUCACAAAAUGUAAAGGGUGGAAUUUAGAAUGCACAUCAUUAUUGAUCUUUUGUAAAAUAUUCCAAGUCUAUAUAAGACUUAAUUUUCACCAAUGAACAUACUUGUUAGCUUUUGGAAUUUGCCUGAAAAGGGCGUAUUUCGGGGGAAUAUUAUCUUAUUACAUCCCUCCUACUUUUCUUAGAUGUACCAGGAAAAUGACAGACAUGAAAUGCUUUGUGCCGGUUAACAGAUGAUAGGACAGCAUCGAGAUAAUAGUGCAACCUUUCCCUGCUAUGUGAUAACACACAUGUGUUUUAGCUCCUUGCUCCAAAUCAAAGGGAAAAUCUUACUGUUCAUGGAAGAAUGACAGAUUAUGUUAAUAAAAGCCCAACCCAAUUUUUCUGAAGUCGUCAAGGAGAGAAGCUGCUCUAGUCCAUCAUUCAUUAGCAGGACCUAGUAACAUGAUGAGAAUGCCUUAAAAGACAAAUGAUGCUUCUAAUAGAGAGGAAGCUUCUUUCCUUGAGAUCAGUGGAUAAGAAAGGUAAAAAGCCAAAGCAAGUUAGUGGAUUUCCCUUUAACUAUACUAUAGUCUGAUUUACUGGCCUAGAGUUAAUCAAGUUCUACAACAGGAAACAGGGAAUGAUUCUCUUGCUCUGAAAUUUUGAUAUAAAAACUUCUGGUCAGUCUAAAAGACUGUCCUAUUUUAGAAUAUCUCCUACAUUGUAAUUCAUAUAUUUAAUUCCCCAAUAUGGAACUAGAGGGAAUUAUUUUCUAUUAAGUUGCACUGGAAAUUAAUGCAGUGGUUCCUGAAAAUGGGGAAAGUAGGAGUGCCUAGUUUGGUUUUAUCAGGUAUGGAAUUCAUAGGGUUGUUCAGAAAUCAAUAAUACUAAAUAUUUUUUAAAAUAACUCAACCCAGAGACAAUUCAGUAAAUAAAAACAGAAACUAUUUUUUCUCUUUCUCAUGAAAAAGUUUAAGUUCUUAUUAUUGUAUCAAACUAUGGUAAUUGUGGUUAAUAUUUUCCUCCAGGUUUAUUUGGGAGUUUAUUUAUACCACUAAUAACCAGAGCUGCUGUAGCAAUCAAUGACUGCCGGCAAUAUUGUCACCUUUUAAAUGCACUCUAAUGUAACAAUAAUAUUCUAGUCAUAGAAAUCUGUGGCAAGCAGCAUCCUGCCUUGAAUCCUUUCUUUCUUCUUUUUCCUUCUGUAUGCCAUUCUCUCUCUGUUUCACACACACUGAGCUCCCAAGCUCAGGCUGUGAGAUCAUCCUUAAUUCACUCCAUUGUGACACCAUAAUGUAGCUCAUUUCAUCUUCUAUCUAUUGACUUCAAAAUGGGGGUAGCCAGGGAAGGGAAGAAAACUUGUCUACUACAGAAGAUGUGAAAUUCAGUCGUGACAGGGUCACUGCUCGGGGGUUUGGUCCAUUGUUACAGUUUGCCUACACAGCUGAGCUGCUACUCAGCAGAGAGAACAUCCAGGAGGUCAUCCGCUGUGCCGAGUUCCUGCGCAUGCACAACCUGGAGGACUCCUGCUUCAGUUUCUUGCAGACCCAGCUCCUGAACAAUGAGGAUGGCCUGUUCCUGUGCAAAAAGGACACCGCUUGCCCCCGCAUGCAUGGCAACAUGGAGAAUUCAGAGGGCGAGGAGGAGGAGGAAACAAUGGAGUCAGAAACCUCCAAGAUGUCGUGUCCCAAGGAGCGGAUGCACCCAGAACCGCUGAGCUUCGAGUCCGCAGCCCCGGUAGCAGAAAAGGAAGAAGGCGGGAUCCCCGACUCGGACGUGCCCAGGGACGAGGGCAGGGGCAGUAUGGACAAGGAUGCACUCACACGGUACCCCAGAUAUAAGAAAUACCAGCUUGCUUGUACCAAGAAUGUUGUCUACAACACAUCGCACAUCAGUACCUCAGGUUUUGCAAGCGCACUCAGUGAAGAAAACCCUGGCAACGGCCUCCAGGCAGGGUUGGCCAUGGGGCAGAUCAAAAGCGAACCUCAGAGUGAAGAGAACGACGAGGAAAGCAUCACGCUUUGCCUGUCCGGGGAGGAGCCCGAUGUCAGGGACAAAGAGGGGGACAUGGAAAUGGAAAGGAAACAGCCCAGCCCCAGCCCCAGCCCCAGCCCAGUGGCCACCACCUCUGCUGCUGCUGCCGCAGCUGCCGCUGCUACCCCCUCGGCCACCUGCAUGGACAGAGCGAAAAGCGGCUCCUCUCCCUCCUGUUUAGGGGCUCUCUUCAACAGAACAAAAAGUGCAGAGUUGUCGGGCUUGCCCAGUACUUCCCAACAGCACUUUGCCAGGAGUCCAGCUUGCCCUUUGGACAAGGGGACAACUCAGGGUGACCAUAAAACUGACUACAGCCCUUUCACGGGGAAUUAUGGACAGUCCCACGCCAGUCAGAAAGAGGCUUCCAGUGUCCCAGUGGGGUCUCCUCUCAAGGGGCCUGGGUUCGAAACCCUCUGUAAGCAAGAAGGCGAGCUGGACAGGCGGAGCGUAAUCUUCUCUUCCAGCGCCUGUGACCAAGGGAACACUUCGGUGCAUUCAUAUUCUGGCAUAAGCAGUUUGGACAAAGAGCUCUCUGAGCCCGUGCCAAAGGGUCUCUGGGCAGGGGCUAGCCAGUCCCUCCCUAGCUCACAGACCUAUUCCCACAGUGGGCUAAUAGCUGAUCACUUGCCAGGAAGGAUGCGGCCUAAUACCAGCUGCCCGGUGCCAAUUAAAGUUUGCCCUCGCUCUCCCCCCUUGGAGACCAGGACCAGGACCUCCAGCUCCUGCUCCUCCUACUCCUACGCAGAAGAUGGGAGUGGUGGUUCUCCCUGUAGCCUCCCUCUCUGUGAAUUCUCCUCCUCUCCCUGUUCCCAGGGAGCGCGAUUCCUUACCACUGAUCAUCAGGAGCCAGGCCUGAUGGGAGAUGGAAUGUACAACCAAGUCCGACCCCAAAUCAAAUGUGAGCAGUCCUAUGGAACCAACUCAAGUGAUGAGUCUGGAUCGUUCUCUGAAGCAGACAGUGAGUCAUGUCCUGUGCAAGACAGGGGCCACGAGGUCAAACUUCCCUUUCCUGUCGAUCAAAUCACAGAUCUUCCAAGGAACGAUUUCCAGAUGAUGAUAAAGAUGCACAAGUUAACCUCAGAACAAUUAGAGUUCAUUCAUGAUGUUCGCCGGCGUAGCAAGAAUCGGAUUGCAGCUCAACGUUGCCGCAAAAGAAAACUGGACUGCAUUCAGAAUUUAGAAUGUGAAAUACGGAAAUUGGUAUGCGAGAAAGAAAAACUGUUAUCAGAACGAAACCAGCUGAAAGCGUGCAUGGGAGAACUCUUAGAUAACUUCUCCUGCCUUUCCCAAGAAGUCUGCAGAGAUAUCCAGAGCCCUGAGCAGAUUCAAGCCCUGCACCGGUAUUGCCCUGUCCUCAGGCCCAUGGAUCUCCCCACACCCACCAGUAUUAACCCUUCACCCACCGGCAUGGAGCAAAGCCUGGCAGCCUCCCAGUGCGUCGGGGAAAGCAUGCAGUGCUGCUUGGAUCAGGGCACCGUGCCCCUCGGGACUCCCUGGCUCCCCAACAAUGUGUCGGAGAAUUGUACAGCCGGGAGGAGGUUGGAUGGAGCUGACCAAGGUACCUACUCAGAAAGAGGGCCCUCUCUAGAACCGAGGAGCCAAACAGUGACCGUGGACUUCUGCCAGGAAAUGACUGAUAAAUGUACAACAGACGAACAGCCCAGGAAAGAUUAUACCUAGUGACGGGCCCUGACAUCCCCACCCAGACAAACGUUCAUCAGUCAGCCUGUGGCCAGUUCAUUUGUUGUCUAGAAGAACGAAUUUGGUGCACACUACAGUGGUCUUAGCAGCAAUACUGUUUUUAAGUAUUUCCUCCUCCCUACAAGCAGGAGUUACCUAGUUAUCUUCACAAUGGUGCUAUCCCUUGCCCAGGCAGGGAACUCAAACAGUGGCAACACUGUCUGUUUUUAUAUGUUAAUUUCAAUCUUAACAGGGAUGGACAUAACACCUCUGAGGACCCAACCACAGAUUAUUUUCUCAGUGGCCCAUGUCACAAAACCCUAUCUCAGGAAUUUCCUCUGAAUGUUCAAUUUUUUUUCAUUGAAGACAGCUUCUAUACACAUCAAAGUUUUAUAACUAAACUGUACAUAUAAUAUAUAUAAUAUAUAAAAGUAUAUCUCCAUAUGCAAAAGUCCCUGCAUGCCUCAAUUUUCUCAUCCUAAAACUGGAAACUUUCAUUUCUAAUGUAUAAACAAGUUCCAACAUUCCUUUUUUUUUUUUUUUUUUUUUUUUGCCUUUGAUGCUAGAAGUAGUUUGGCAACUUGUUAUGGUGGUAAUUUUUUUCUUGGUUUAGAGUUCAUCAAUAUUACUCAGUUUGUACUUAUUUAUGGAAAAAAAAUCAACAUUGAAAGCUUGAGAGUUGAUUGCAGAGUUUUUGUUUUGUUUUGUUUAAUUUUGGGCACAGACAAAUGGUGCCAUCUGAGCAUUGUGGAUUUUUUUUCUUGCAGAUACUGUACAGUAAUGGUCAACUUUGCCACUUGCACUGAGUUUGGGGUCAAACCUAUUUUCAUAAAUGAAGUUGUAACUUCAGUAUAACUCGAGUAUACUGUAUAUUAUUUGCUUUAUAGUUUAAAAGAAAGUAAAACAUUUUAAGUAAUUAAAAAAAGCACUCAGGUGAUAAUUAUGUAGAAGAAACAAUCUUGCCAAAUAAUGAAUUCACCCUCCAAUUUGUAGAUGAUAAUCUGCUUGAAUAUUUUUGUAUUUCAACUCCUUAGCCCUCUUCCUUCCCCCUCCCCAAGCAAAUUUUAAAUGAGUCAAGUUAGUGGUAGAUGCUUGAUGUCCGGAUUCCUAGGUGGGGAGAGAGUUUGGGCAUCCCACUUGAAAAAUGCAUCAGUAACAGAACAUCCAACCAUGAUUUUACACCAGGAUUUUAUAAGUGUUGGUGUCUAGAAACCAAGUUCUGUUUUCUUCCCCAAGUAAGUUGUGGUCUGGUCACUACUUACUCCCUGAAGGAUUCUAUUAUAGGAUCUUCUCUUUUGAAGUCAUGGCCAUCAACCCAACUACCUUUGAGAAAGUCAGUCUCUCUGGAGAUGACUGAAGCAAUUGGUUGAGCUGUAGGUUCACUGAACCAUUGGUUGGUCUUUGGAUGGUUCAAAGGGCCAGUGAAGCAAAUGUGCCCCAAAUAGGAGAGACAGCAGUGCAGUUGCAAACCCAAAGUCUUCUCCUGGUAUAGGCAGAAGAGUUUUUUGUUUUGUUUUUUUUUUUUUCCCCUCCCUUCCUGCUCUAAGUACAUUGAGUUGUGUUUGAGGUUACUUCACUGACCUACUGCCCAAGUACAUCCAUAGCUCAUUCUGAGACUUUAGGCAAGACAAUACCAGAACUCUUCCUAAUGGCAUUUUUUUCUUCUCUUGCUGCAAAACUGGUUGGCUGUGCACAUCUGCGAAAGAGAGCAGCUUUUCCUCAGCACGGAGGCAUGAUGUUCUCCUCUGGUGCAAACGUUUACACAUGAGGUGUGCACCAGUGUUUCUCUUAAGGCACUCAGUAGCUCAGCAUCUUUCCUUAGGAGGAGGAAUCAGCUCCCUCACUCCAGUGAUACUUUUAUGACAUCAUGAAUAUGGACACUCAUGAAUGCCCUGGUCUUGCUUAACACCCCUCGACCCCUUGGCUACAGUCUGGCUCUGGAGGAGAAUUGUGUAUGGUUUGAUAUGGGGCUAGGGUGGGAGGGGUCAUCGGGGGGCUAGGUGGCUGAUUUUUGGUUCUUUGUGCCACUGUUUGGACAAUAUUAAAGCCGCAUGUAAAAGGGGGAAGUUAGUAUAAAAUGUAGGCGAAAAGUGAAACCAUAAUAACAUGUUUUAGUAUUAACUUUUUCUGUACAAAAUACUAGCUCUAAAUGUUUAAAUAUGUAUGGAUGCCAGAAACUGUUGAUUCACACAGUAGGGGAAAAAAAAGCCUUUUCUUUUCAAAUGCUUUCUUUUUGAAGACCUGCCUCUAGGUUUUUUGUUUUUAUGUGUGUGUGUGUGUGUGUGUGUGUGUGUGUGUGUGUGUGUUUGCGUGCGUAUGCCUGAAACAGUUUUUUGUAAAACCCUCUAUGGAUAAUUCAUUUUUUUUUAUUUGUUGUUGUUGUUGUUAUUGUUGGAAUUUCUUGACCUUGUAAAGUAAUUCUUUACUUCACCAUAAGGUUUUCACUUGUGGGAGACAAUGGUGACAGCAAGAAUUUUAAACUAAAUGUGAAUCACAUGAUCACUUCAUAGGUUUUUGUUAUCUGGAGGGGGUCAGCUGACAGUAUUUUUUUUUAACUAUUUUUUGUUGUUGCCUUUUUUAAUGACCUCUUCUUUUUUGUUUUGUUUUGUUUUGUUUUGUUUUUACUGUUCUAUGAGUAUAUAAAUAACCAAGUCUGCACCACCUUCUUGACAUGAUUUUACCCAAUUAACAACUCAUGUGCAACUGGUAGUCUUGACCUCAUUCCAUCCUUUGUGCAUAUUAUUGUUCUUGUUACUUUUAAACACCCACAGAUCUUGUACUGCAGCUACCUUGGCCCUCACUGAUGGUGAAUCUGUUUAUUUUUUCCCUGCCCUAACUCUAUCUACUACCAAUUUUUGCCAUGGGAACUAAUGAUGAAAACCAUUGGUCAAAGGGGAAAAAACUUUUUCAAGUUUUUAGCAAUUCAUUUUUAAAAUUAUGUUUAUUUUUCCCCAUGAAGUAACUAAUUUCAUAUAAUUGCUCAGAUGCUAUGGAUGUGGUUUUGGCUAUUCUGAACCAUGUGCUUAUAUCUGUUACUGAUUCAUUUGGAGAGAUUUAAAAGGGAGAUAAACCCUUGGGAGGACUAGAUAUGGGACUGAACCCGAAUUGGCCUCCAUGUCGUACAGAAAAUUUCCAAAUUAAAAAUUAAUUACCCUUUUUCCUCUCCCCCUCCACUCAAAAUAAAUUUUUUUUUAAAAAGGUAAAAGUACUAGUGAGAAAAACAACUUACACAAAAUUAAAGUCUAUAAUUGUGUUUUUGAACUCUCUUUCUUCCAAAAUAAAGAGAAAACCAUCCCUUAGCCAUGGCCAAAGUGCUAUAUCAGAUUCUAAAUGGCCUCCAUCCACUAAAACAGCCAAUAAUUGGGGCAACAGCAAUAAGUAGACAGAUCUCACCCCAGCUUAGUGUUCCCCUUUCAUCUGCCUUCUCCAUGCUCCCUGUAUCGCCAGAAAAACCUCAUUUCAUUUAAGCUUAUUGUGCUAUUGUCACUCAAAUGCUUUGCAGUGUAUAUUUGUUUCUGCACAUUCUCUGGGGGUGCCUUGAAUAAGACAGAACUCCGUCACAUACUGAUUCUGGAACAAAUUGGUUGGAAAAGAAAAAGAAAAACUCUGUCAAGUUAUUAAGACAUCCUAAUAUUUAUAUCGUGGAUUUCCUAAUGUAUGAUGACUCAGGCGUCAGAGUUGAUGCUGCAGUAGAAGACUAUUAUUUUGUAUAACGUACGAGUAAUUUAUUAAAUGUCUUUCUAAGGGUAUGCUGCUUUUAAGAUGCACUAUAUUUUUGGAUUUAAUCCUUAUAUUAUUGUUUUCCCAAGGAAGUAAAAAUGUAGUAUUAUAAAGGCUAACCAUAGUGAUUAGUAAGCCAACUACUACCUCUCUUUUUAAAAGGAGAGUCAGGACUAGCUGCAGUAAUUGCAUUAGAUUAAUCAGUGUAGGAGAAGGGUUUCUAAUGUUAAAUUCAUCACUGCUGUGGAAAGGUCCAAUGCAAAUUUUCUAGCUAUUUUAAAUACUUUAUAAUUGCCAGUUUUAAAAACACACAUAACACACACACACAUAAUAAACACACACGCACACACACAUUUACACAUUUACGAUUAUAACUCUAUCAGAAGACAGUUUUUUUAAUAAACCCAGAAAGUCAGCCACAAUGUCCCGAUUUGGAAUCCACAGCACAUUUUAGAUGAUCUACAGGUUCUAGACUGUGUUAAAAUUAGAAAUAAGAGAAAGGUUUAAAAAGGAAAAAAAAAAAAAAAGCCAGAAUCCCCCUAAGGUGUACUUUUCAAGCUUUUGCAAGGUAUCACCCUCUAUCUUUGUCCUCCAUAGUUCUGCUUGACUGCACCUUCUCCACCCCAUCCCAAUUUAAUCUAAGAAUUGUUAAGUCUUUUCAAACAAGCCAAACACCCUUGGUUCUAUCUUCAACUCACUGGGAACGCAUGCGCAGUCGUUGCUUUUGAAGUUUUCCCAAUGGAGGUGAAUUUCUUGCCAAAGCAGGGAGUGCUGGUGGCAGCUACAUUGCCACAUGUCAAUGUUAAAGAUCCUGCUGAAGAUACCGUAGCUACAAGACAUUUUUUUUCAAUAGAGAAAAUGUAGAUAUUCUGUUGUGAGCUAGUAUUUCCUUCCGACAUUGUAGUUUUUAUUCUAGAUUAUGUUUCUGGCAAAGCGAUCCUUCGUGUGAUUCAGUCUGCGUGGAUCUAGCCUCCGUGUAGGAUGCAUCUGUGUGUGUGUGCGCAUGUGUGUGAUUGUGUGUGCUUUGUGUAUAUUAUGUAUAUGUGUGUGUAUUUAUAAUACAACCUGAGCUAUUUUAUGACCCAAGCAUCACCGCUGAUGCUGUAGAAUCCAAUAUACAUGAACAUACUUAUGUGUGUGCAAAAGAAUAUAUGUAUAUAGAAAAGACCUAUUAUGGCGGAUUGGGGAUAAAUUAUUGAUCUGACAGUGCAACAACCUAGCUUGCAACAAAAAGUAAAUGUACAGUAUUUUCCUACACUCCACCAUGGUAGAUGAUAUUUAUACUAAACUAAUAUCAGUGACAUGUUUUUAAUUGUAAGCAUAAGACAUUGCCAUUUUGUGAAGAAAACCACUUUGGUGAGGGGGGUCAGCUUGAGUCGUUUUUAUUUAAUGUUGUAAACAUGGUAAUUAGCCAAAUCUGACAGCUGAUGAAAUAAACAGUUCUGUGAAUUUCACUUUCAUUCCAGUAGUAUUGACCUCAAAUCAAAGAAUGGCCCUCUCUAUGAGCAGAAGUGCACUAAGACCAGACAUUUCACUCAGAUUCACGUACAGUGCCAAAAAACGCUCCCCCUGGGGAAAUAGAAAAGGAUGGAGUUGAUGGGAGUGGAUAGUAAAAGAGCUGUGCCCCAGAAGGAAAAAAAAAAAAGUAGAAGCAACUGGAGUUGGUCACAGCGUUUUUUCUCAGCAGGGUGAUUCUCAGACCUCUUCCAUUUCUGGAGACCGGUGUGGGUGUGUGGGUGUGUGUGGGUGUGAAUGGGUGUGUGUGUGUUUGUGAUUCCCACCCACCUGGCUCACACUCAGAGUGUAUCUGGCACGUGUGCACACUAUUGUUGCCUCUGAGGGCUCCGACUGGCGGGCACCCCAAGAGCAAGCGGGAGCGAUAGUGGACACAGCAGGGAUAGCACCAAUCCUUUCAAGCAUCGCGUUGGAGUUGGAGGCCAGGAGGACCUGUAGAAUUUGUUCCAGAACCAGUCCAAUACAAGUGCACCUCUAAUAAAUGCCUUACAAACUUCAGAGGCCAUAUUCAGAACAGGGUUUUAUCAGCGUAUGCAAGGGGCUGUAGCCCCUCUUCUCUUCCUCCCCAGGUCAAACAGUAUGGACAGUUUUCACACAUAUCUACCUGUAUAAUCCUCUGUACCUCUCAUAACUGGUCAAUGACUGUAACAGGUUACAUCAGGUGUUUUUCUACAUACUUUUUACACAGAUUCUAUGCGAUUAAUGUAACUUAAUUCAAUGCAUCAUUUAAUUGUACUAGUUCUUAAGCUUGUCUUUAUUUUUUUUUUCUAGGUGACUGUGGUUUCUUGUGAUUUUUAUUGUAAAAAUGAGAUGGCUGUUGAUGCUUAUUCUCUGUUACUAAGAAUUUUUACCUUUUUGGAAAAAAAAAAGAGCAUUGCUAUGAACUAAUGAAUUAAAACUUCAUUUACUCGUUGUAAAUACAGUAUUGUGCAAAAAAAAAAAAAAAAAAAAAAAAAAAAAGCCCAACCCUUUUCAUUCAUUUGAAAUUGCUAGUGUUAACUGAAUUUUGUCUAGACACCAUUUCUGUUGAAGAAAUAAAGACAUAUCAUUAUGUAUUGUAAA